GGAAGCCAGAGCUGUGCAGCCAAGGACCUUUUAGUAUUGUGGUAGUCGCCGAGUAGUGUCAAGUAUGUCCACCGUCCAGAAGCAGACGUCGACUCGCUCCGUCACGCAACAGUCCACGGAGACGUCGGGAGUGACCCAGACGUCCACCACGACGUCCCGCCAGACUAACCGCGUGCAGAUCACGCAGCGCGGACUCUUCUUCGAUGACGCUUGCUUCGAAGACACGAGGAACGACUUCCGAAAUGCGAUCAGCGACGUCGUGUCCAGGUUUGGCGACAAAUCUUCCAACAUCGACGAGCUCACUCAGUACAGAAGUUUGCGUUCGCGCGAAAUAAGGGACGAGAACCAGGCCAUCACGUCGUCUCAGGACGAUAGCAAGUACAAGAUUGUGGUAGAUGUUCAGGACUUUGUGAGUGGAGGAGAAAUCAAUGUCAAAGUCGUCGAAGAAAGAGAAGUCGUGGUCGAAGGCCGCGUCCAGAAGGUGGAAGGCAACAGGACUUCCAGCAAGAGCUUCCAGCGAAGCUUCUUUCUUCCCGAGGACGUCGAUGUCAAUACUUUGGCCUCUGUUAUGUCCGCCGAUGGCGUUCUUACCAUCACGGCCAUCCGAAGGACAGUAACGCAACAACUGACGCAAGUUCCUGUCAGCAUCCAGAAAGUUGAAAACAAACAGGUCACGACGACCACAUCCACAACAGGUGUGCAGGAAAUUCCUGUCCAGCCCGUUCAGGACACUAACCAAACUGUCAGUGUGCAGAAGGUCACCAAGAUCACUCAGCAGACCACGACCUCCAGCGACUCCUCAACUCCUCAGUCGCCAGAGAAGCCUCUUCCCAUUGCCAAGAAGGGCGACUUCUUCAACGACUCCUUCUUCGAGGACACGCGCCAGCACUUCCAGACGGCCGUCCAUGAUGUCCUGCAGAAGAUGAACAUCCAGACGUCUACGACAGACGAGCUCUCCACCUACAGGAACCUUCGUCAGCGCGAACUGAGAGAGGAAACCCAAGCUGCCACAGUCAAUGAGGACCAGACAACACACAAGGUUGUUGUUGACGUCCAAGAUUUUAUCAAUGGCGGAGAAGUGAAUGUGAAGGUUGUAAACGAGCGAGAAAUCAUCAUUGAAGGCCACGUCGAGAAAAAGGAAGGAAACACUACUUCUACGAAACGUUUCCGUAAACGUUAUGUUCUUCCCGAAGACAUCGAAGUCGAAAAAGUAACUUCUGUGAUGUCCUCUGAUGGUGUCCUCACCAUUACAACGCCGAAGAAACCGUCCACUCUGUCGCUGUCGGAAGUUCCUGUCAAUAUCCAGAAAAUUGAAAACAAAAAGGUCACAACAACCACAACCACCACAGGUGUUCAAGAGACACCUGUACCUGUCCAGCCUGCUCAACCUGUGCAGCCUGUCCAGGACACUGACCAGACUGUCAGUGUGCAGAAGGUCACCAAGAUCACUCAGCAGACCACGACCUCCAGCGACUCCUCAACUCCUCAGUCGCCAGAGAAGCCUCUUCCCAUUGCCAAGAAGGGCGACUUCUUCAACGACUCCUUCUUCGAGGACACGCGCCAGCACUUCCAGACAGCCGUCCAUGAUGUCCUGCAGAAGAUGAACAUCCAGACAUCUACGACAGACGAGCUCUCCACCUACAGGAACCUUCGUCAGCGAGAACUGAGAGAGGAAACCCAAGCUGCCACAGUCAAUGAGGACCAGACAACACACAAGGUUGUUGUUGACGUCCAAGAUUUUAUCAAUGGCGGAGAAGUGAAUGUGAAGGUGGUGAACGAGCGAGAAAUCAUCAUUGAAGGCCACGUCGAGAAAAAGGAAGGAAACACUACUUCUACGAAACGUUUCCGUAAACGUUAUGUUCUUCCCGAAGACAUCGAAGUAGAAAAAGUAACUUCUGUGAUGUCAUCCGAUGGAGUCCUCACCAUUACAACGCCGAAGAAACCAUCUCCUCAGCAACUGUCGGAAGUUCCCGUGAGCAUCCAGAAAAUUGAAAACAAAAAGGUCACAACAACCACAACCACCACAGGUGUUCAAGAGACACCUGUACCUGUCCAGCCUGCUCAACCUGUGCAGCCUGUCCAGGACACUGACCAGACUGUCAGUGUGCAGAAGGUCACCAAGAUCACUCAGCAGACCACGACCUCCAGCGACUCCUCAACUCCUCAGUCGCCAGAGAAGCCUCUUCCCAUUGCCAAGAAGGGCGACUUCUUCAACGACUCCUUCUUCGAGGACACGCGCCAGCACUUCCAGACAGCCGUCCAUGAUGUCCUGCAGAAGAUGAACAUCCAGACAUCUACGACAGACGAGCUCUCCACCUACAGGAACCUUCGUCAGCGAGAACUGAGAGAGGAAACCCAAGCUGCCACAGUCAAUGAGGACCAGACAACACACAAGGUUGUUGUUGACGUCCAAGAUUUUAUCAAUGGCGGAGAAGUGAAUGUGAAGGUUGUAAACGAGCGAGAAAUCAUCAUUGAAGGCCACGUCGAGAAAAAGGAAGGAAACACUACUUCUACAAAACGUUUCCGUAAACGUUAUGUUCUUCCCGAAGAUAUCGAAGUAGAAAAAGUAACUUCUGUGAUGUCAUCCGAUGGAGUCCUCACCAUUACAACACCGAAAAAACCAUCUUCUCAGCCCCUACCAGAAGUUCCCGUGAGCAUCCAGAAAAUUGAAAACAAAAAGGUCACAACAACCACAACCACCACAGGUGUUCAAGAGACACCUGUACCUGUCCAGCCUGCUCAACCUGUGCAGCCUGUCCAGGACACUGACCAGACUGUCAGUGUGCAGAAGGUCACCAAGAUCACUCAGCAGACCACGACCUCCAGCGACUCCUCAACUCCUCAGUCGCCAGAGAAGCCUCUUCCCAUUGCCAAGAAGGGCGACUUCUUCAACGACUCCUUCUUCGAGGACACACGCCAGCACUUCCAGACAGCCGUCCAUGAGGUUCUGCAGAAGAUGAACAUCCAGACGUCUACGACAGACGAGCUAUCCACUUACAGGAACCUUCGCCAGCGCGAACUGAGGGAAGAGACCCAAGCCGCCACAGUCAACGAGGACCAGACAACGCAUAAGAUUGUUGUAGACGUUCAGGACUUUGUAAAUGGUGGUGAGGUUACAGUGAAAAUUGUAAACGAACGCGAAGUCAUCAUCGAGGGACACGUUGAGAAGAUGGAAGGCAAUAAGACAUCCAUAAAACGUUUCCGUAAACGUUAUGUUCUGCCAGAAAACAUAGAGGUAGAGAAGGUCACUUCGGUAAUGUCAUCGGACGGAGUUUUGACUAUCACAACACCGAAGAAACCAUCAUCUCAGCCGCUGACGCAAGUGACGCCCGUCAGUAUCCAGAAAAUUGAGAACAAGAAGCAAGAGACACUUACGCAGGAAACGAAGACGACCACCGACAAGAGCGUGACUGACGUUCCAAGCCGGAUCUUGACCAUCAUUAAGAAAGGGAACUUCUUCAACGACACCUUCUUCGAAGACUGUCGCCAGAACUUCCAGACAGCUGUCAUACAGAUUCUGAAGAAGCUGAACAUUGAGACUUCCACCGUUGACAUCAUGACCACGUACAGGACCAUCCGUCAGCGCGAGUUGAAGGAGGAGACGCAAGCCAUCACUGAGAAAGAGAGCGAGCAAAUCCGCAAAUUCGUUGUGGACGUGCAAGAUUUCGUCAACGGAGGAGAAGUGACGGUCAAGGUCGUCCAGGAGCGUGAGGUGGUGGUGGAAGGGCGCGUGGACAGGCUGGAGGGCGGAGUCACCUCGACCAAAAGGUUCAAAAAGACGUUCAUCCUCUCGGAGAACAUCCAGGUGAACUCGGUGACCGCUGUAAUGUCGGCUGACGGCAUUCUCACCAUCACGGCUCCAAAGAAGGUGACGCAACAGCAACAAGUCGCCGUCGAGAAGGCUACAGACACGAAGGCCGUUGUCCAGAAACCCGGCGAAGACAGAGUUCUUCCGGUGAAUAAGAAGGGAAGUUUCCUCAGCGAUCCCUACUUCCAAGACUCGCGCCAAGACUUCCAGUCGUCCGUUACGGAAGUCGUGAUGAAAUCCAGCGAGAAGGAUUCGAAGGAGGAUCACAUGACGAUCUACAGGCGCCUUCGCCAGAAGACCAUCAAGCUGGAGAACCAGGCAGUCAGCGUCAAAGAGGACGCUCAGUUCCAAAAGAUCGUGCUCGACGUCUUGGACUUCAUGAACGGGGAAGUGAAGGUCAUGAUCACAUCCGAGAACAUCCUUGUGGUGGAAGGACGCGGGACACGCCAGGAGGGGGUCAAGACGUCCUCCCACAGCUUCCUCAGGCGCUUCAUCGUGCCUGACAACGUUAUCCCGGAGUCCAUUGAAGCCACGCUCUCCUCCGACGGCAUCCUUACCAUAUUCUCCAAGAAGCAGUGAGAAGUGCGGGCGUCGGACGAGAUGCUCAUCGUACUCGAUCAACCAGCCUUCCUUAAACCCUGUGUGGUUGUUUACCGGAAUCAUGUUUCCUUUUACCAGAUCGAUGUCACUGUUUAUCACACUGGUUUGUCUUUAUUCUGUGAUAAAAAAUACAUGAAUAAUUUUUAA